GUGAGAGAGGGGGAGAGAGAGUCUGUUGCUUUUCCCCAGCUUUAAUGGCGUGAGACCGUACCAGAAGAGUGCGUGUGUAUGUAUUCUCUACAGUACAUGUAUGUAACCGUAUCCAGUCCAUUCAUCUUUGCAUGCUUCACCAACUCAUCCCAAUAGAAAACCCAAAACCCAAAUGAGCCGAUUAUUAAACUUAUAAUCCAACGAGAAAAAAUGGAUUUUGAAUAAAAUUUUACAAUCACCAAUUCCCCACCCCACCUCACUCUUUCCAUUUUCUUCAAUCAAGACUCUUUUUUUGGUCUUUCACUCCAUCCCAGAUGAUCAAAAGCGGUAAUCUUUUCUGGGUUUCUGUUACACUUUUUUUUCUUAGUCUUUCUUAGGUCAGUUUCCAAUGUGGGCUUCUUGAUUCUUGCCUUGCCUGCUUUUGCUGUAAAUCUUUGGUUAUUACUACCUUCUUGUUGUGAAUCUUAGUUAUUGUUGAAGAAGGGGAAAAAGGAGGAGGAAAAUGAAAGAUGAUGAGGAGCUUGAAUUGCUAUUGGGUGAGAUCCCUCAUGCAAUAUCCUUCAAUCAUCAUCAUCAUCUUAGACAUGGUCAUGGUAGUGAUCACCAUCAUCAUAAUCUUGACGAGUCUUUGUUGGCACAAAAAAUGACUGGUAUGAUGUACCGUAUGGGUAUGUAUGAUGAUGUGACAUUGGAUCAUAAUAAUAAACAUACGUGUGCUUCCCCUGUGAGUGGGUUUUCUCUGCAUUCAGAUAGCUCUUCUUCAAGUUUGUUCUCUGGUGGGCAUUCAUUUUCAGACAAUGGAUCCCCUACCACACCUCCAGUGGAAGAGCUUCAAACUCACUCAAAUGGUGGUACUAGUACACAAUCACAUUACUCUGACCGGUUGUGGAUGGAGAACAAAUCUCCCGAUUCGUAUUUUGGGCGGAAGGCUGAUGAUAACGUGUUUGAUGAGCUGAGGUUGUUAAGAAAUUUGAGUCGAAUGUAUGUUAGUAAGGAGCCAGAGGAUGUCAAAUUGCUAAAUUUAAGUGGUCGUCAGAUUUUUGAUCGUGUUAGUGGUGGGAAUAUCGGGAUGGAUUUGGAUCAACAUGGCUUGUUUUCACAAUAUUAUGGCAGAGGCAUUUCUGAUUAUGGGAGAAUUCAGUGCCCUGUUCCAGGAAGUCCCUUGAGUUUAGACGCUAAUCUAUUAGGAUCCCGGUAUUCCCUGAGUCAAUCAGGUGAACCAUAUUCUCAUUUAUAUGGUAGAAAUGGUUCUGUGAGUGCCCAAUUUUGUCUUACGAAGGGACUGGAUGCUCAUCAUUAUGUGGGAUUUCCAGUUAACAACUUGUCAGGUACUGUGACUCGCCCUUCUAUUACUGAGGCUCAAUAUUAUGCUCAGCGAAAUGGGAUGGGUAUCCUAUCCAAAAAUGAUGUAUUUCACUCUCUGGAUGUGCCUCAGUUGGCUCCAAUGAAGACUCAAGCCAAUGUGGAAAAUGUAAAUUAUUAUCGCCAACAGCGAACAAAUGCAUGUAAAAUAGUACCUCCACACGUUAGAGUACCUCAUGGAAGUCUUGAGGCUCUUUCUGGUGAACAAAGCUUGAUUAUUCAAGGUGAAAGUUUGAAUUAUGCGUUAAAUCGAGUACAGGAACGAUCAAGGCACAACAAGGGUUCCCCAUAUGAGGCUGAUGUAAAUGCACAUCAAGAAAAGCAGUCACUUAUAGAUGGUUGCCCCCAGAUUGCAGGAAAUCAAGUACGUGCUCAAAGUCUCAGACUGUGUUGCCCAUUUUCUCUGCCAUCAAAGUGUAACUCCUUGGGAGAAGCUCAAGGUUACAUUUACUACAUAGCAAAGGAUCAACAUGGUUGUCGAUUCUUGCAAAGGAUGUUUGAUGAGGGAACUCCUCAAGAUGUUCAAGUCAUAUUCACUGAGAUAAUUGACCACGUAGUUGAACUUAUGAUGAACCCUUUCGGGAAUUACCUUAUGCAAAAGCUAUUGGAAGCGUGCAAUGAAGAGCAGAGAAUGCAGAUUCUGCUCAGGGUAACAGCAAAACCUGGAGAGCUCAUCAGAAUCUCAUUAAACACCCAUGGCACACGAGUGGUUCAAAAAUUGAUUGAGACGCUUAAAUCUAGGCAGCAGACGUCACUAGUUAUUUCAGCUCUUGAACCUGGAUUUCUUGCUCUUAUCAAGGACCUAAAUGGUAAUCAUGUCGUCCAAAGAUGCCUGCAAUGCCUUAGCUAUGAAGACAGCAAGUUCAUUUUCGUUGCUGCUGCAAAGUAUUGUGUUGACAUUGCAACUCAUCAGCAUGGCUGCUGUGUUCUACAAAGAUGUAUUAGCCAUGCAAGUGGAGAACAUCGGGAAAACUUGAUUGCAGAAAUUUCUGCAAAUGGCCUUCUGCUUGCGCAAGAUGCAUUUGGGAAUUAUGUUGUUCAGUUCAUCUUGGAGCUUAAGAUCCCAUCUGCCACAACCAAGUUGGUUUGCCAGUUUGAGGGAAACUAUGUCCAUCUCUCGACACAAAAGUUCAGCAGCCAUGUGGUUGAAAAAUGCCUAGCAGUAUGUAGUAAUGAAGUGCGGUCAACGAUAAUUCAUGAAUUACUGUCUGCAACUCAUUUUGAGCAGUUGCUUCAAGAUCCACAUGCCAAUUAUGUUGUCCAAACAGCUCUCAAAGUUUCUGAGGGUCCUCUUCACAAUUCGUUGGUUGAGGCAAUUGAGUCCCACAAGGCAAUCUCACGUAACAGUCCGUAUUCUAAGAGAAUUUUUUCCCACAAGCUUUUGAAGAAGUGAUACAAAUCAUCCCUCUUUGGUAAGGCUCAUGUUGUUGUUCUCCCUUCAGGGGUUAUUACAUUUUGCACUCCCCACUGAAUAGUAUCCAUGAGGAAUGGGUAUUUAUCUGUACGAAUAUCCUAAGACAGAAUCCAUUUCUUCAAUUUUGCUCUUCAAAGUUUGUUCACUUGGUCCUUAACUGGGAUCUGCAGAGUGUAAAGAAGAGGCAACUAUGCUUUCAGUUACUUGAAAAUGGAGCUGUAAUGUACUAUUUUGUUGUUAAUGUACUUUCCAAUAGUUUUAAUCCCUAAACCUCACAUUGUAUGAGUUUAAACAGAUGUAGGGCUCUUUUUUGUUUUGUUUCAA